GGGGCGGGGCCUGGCCGUGAGGGGCGGGGCUUGCCGAGCCGGGCCACGCCCCCCCGCGGAGGCGGAGCGGAGCGAAGAUGGCGGCGGAGCCGGGCGCGGGCCCGGACCAGGAGCUGGACGAGCUGCUCGACAGUGCCCUCGAUGACUUCGAGAAGGCCAGGCCCGCUGCCCCCCCGCCACCGCCUGCCGCCGGGGACGCCGGCAGCUCCGAAAAGUCUCCCAGCGACGCAGCCAAGGAAUCACUCUUCGCCUCCCAGGAGAAGUUUUUCCAGGACUUGUUUGACAGCGAACUGGCCUCGCAGGCCACAGCAGAGUUCGAAAAAGCCAUGAAGGAGCUGGCCGAGGAGGAGCCGCACUUGGUGGAGCAGUUCCAGAAACUGUCGGAGGCGGCGGGCAGAGUCGGGAGUGACACGGCGUCCCAACAGGAGUUCACGUCCUGCCUCAAAGAGACGCUCAGCGGCUUGGCCAAGAAUGCCAACGACCUGCAGAACUCCACUGUGUCGGAGGAAGAGCUGGCCAAAGCCAUAGAGGGGCUGGGCCUGGAGGAGGGCGAUGGCGAGGGCAACAUCCUGCCCAUCAUGCAGAACAUCAUGCAAAACCUGCUCUCCAAAGAAGUGCUCUACCCCUCUCUCAAGGAGAUCACGGAGAAGUACCCCGAGUGGCUGCGGCUCCACCGAGACUCUCUGCCCGAGGAGCAGUACGAGAAGUACCAGGAGCAGCACAACAUCAUGGGCAAAAUCUGCCAGCAGUUCGAGGCCGAGCGGCCGACAGACGGUGAUGCCGAGCAGAAAGCGCGCUUUGAGAUGGUCUUGGACCUCAUGCAGCAGCUGCAGGACCUGGGGCAUCCUCCCAAGGAGCUGGCUGGAGAGUCGCCCCCCGGCCUCAACCUCGACCUGGAGGGCCUGAGCCUGCCGGACGCGGCCAGCGCGGGGGGCGAGCAGUGCCGCCUCAUGUGACGCCGCCCCCCCCGCGAUGCCUCGACAGCCUGGAGUUCGUUAACGCGUAAUUAACCCCCCAGCUAGGGCGAUGAACGCGGAAGAGCAGCGGCCGGCGGUGCCGGUGGAAGCAGGGGCUCCCCGCCGCCCUCGGGGGCCCGUAACUCUCGUCUCAGGAGCCGCCGGCGGAGGUGGCCGUGGGGCCGGCGGCACCCGUGGGUGCUGCCUACGUCUGGCUCCCGGCGGGCAGGAUUGCGGGGUGCCACCGGGGGGGCUCCCCGGCCACCUGCCCCCCCCGCCCCCCUUUGCCUCCAUUUGCCCCAAUAAAGGUGUUGGCCACGA